AUGGGAGAUCGAUUUAUUAUAGAGGAUUCACUGCUUUACUACUGCAGAGAAAAGAGGUAUCGUAUGAUGCAGAUUACAGCUGCUGAAGCAAGCAAAAGAGACCCAGAAGAUGCAGUUUAUGAGCUUUAUUACAGCAUAUCUUUGAUUCACGAGGAUCGCUUUAGUGAAGCUAAGGAAAUUGUAAAUAAUCUAGAAAAUGGAGAUCUUACAUCAAUGACUUGUCGGUUCUUAAUACCUUUUCUGAAAGCUCCUCAAGAAAACUUGGACAUUUUAAUAAAAACGCAUGCAGCUAAUGAUGUUCAAGAUGCUUCCGGAAGGGCUUUUUAUGUUACUGGAGUUUCUUUAAUGCUGCUGAACAAGCCAAAGAAAGCAAAAUUUUUCCUUUCGCAUGCAGUGAAUGCUCCGGAGCUUUUGAAAAGGGUUUCUGUACUAAUGGGCUGGAUUGAACUGUUAACUAACAAUUAUGGACCACCCACCAAAGAGGCAUGGAAGCAUUUUGAACAAGCUGAUAACUCAUCUUCUGAAGCAGUAUUUGGACGAGCUAAAUAUUAUGAAAAGCAGAAAAAUUAUACUAAUGCAUUGGAAGUUUUGAAUCAAGGAAUAGUGUUGUUCCCAAAAUUUGUUCCCAAUUUCAUUGAAAAGAUGAAAGUACAUUUGAUGUUAGAAGAAUGGGACCAAACUACAGUUACAGCUCAUCGGGCUUUGUCUUUGGAUGAAAAGUGCAUAGAAGCAGCAACGUUUAUACUAAUUCAUUUGCUGACUCAUGGUGGAGAUAAUAAUGAGAUUGAAGGCAAGUUGAAAUCGUUAUAUAAUGCUAUAAUGACUUGGGAACCUAAAAAUCCUCUUCUACUGUGUGAAACCGCUCAAGUUUUAGCAAGACUAUCUGGCUCAUUCACACCUAUAUUGGAAGCAAGUUUAUCUAUGGCUAAAAAAGCAGCAGAUUUAAGGCCAACAGAUCCUGAAAUUAAUGCUGAAUAUGGCUAUCUAUGCUUACAUUCUGGAAAAAUUAGUGAAGCUUCUAAAGUGUUUAAAAACCAUGCUUGUGCUCGAUCUGUCCCAGGUUAUAUUCUAUGUCUUAUAUCUGGAGGAGAAUAUGAAGAAGCUAAUGAACAAUUAAAAUCUUAUAAACAACUUGAAGCAAGUAAUACUCUAGAAGUGUUCUCCAUUCUUGCUACAUUAGAGGAGGAACUAUCUGGAUCAUCAAACUCUGUUAUUGAAUACAUCAAUGAAGCCUUAACUCUUUAUCUUCAAAGUCUAGAAGGAAUUCCAUGGAGCAUGAAUUUUUAUCGUAUGCUGCAACCUUCUUUCAUUUAUGAUUUGUGUGAACAGCUAAUGCGCAAUAUUCCAAGCAAGGUCUCAAAGUCAAAGUGUUUAGCUACUGACUGUCUAGAGAAGUGUCGUGAAGCAGCUCAGCUUCUACAUCGUGCCUGUCCAGAUUUUAUUGGUUUCUCUACAAGUGUGCUUCUAGCUCGACUUAAGUUUCUUGAAGGUGAUUUGGCUGGAGCAAAAUCUCUCCUUUAUCAGUGGAUUGACAAACCUUUAGCCCUAACUGAUGGCCGAAUUACCAUGGCUAAAAUUCAUUUAUGUGAAGGGAAUUUAUAUGCUGCUAGUCAUUGCUUAGAAGUUGCUUUAAGUCAUAAUUUUGAAGUGAGGGAAAACUUUGACUAUCUUUUAAUCAAAGCAGAAAUUCAAAAGCAACAGGAAUUACUUAAAGAUGCAAUUGAAACUCUGAUGUUUGCAAAAUCUAUUGCUUUAUCAGAAAAACCAAAAAUGUCACAGUUACAAGACAGAAAAAUAUCACUUGCCAAAAGAAUGAAUCUUUAUGAAGAACUUAUUCAAGUUUUUUGUGACCUACAUAAAUUUGCAGAAGCCAAAGAAGCUAUGAAAGAAGCUGACUUUCUUUUUAGAGACACCCCUGAACAAGAUCGCUUAAGAUUUGUUUGUUCAUAUUUUGCUUUAGCAAGUAAUGACAUAGAUGCAGCUCUGAAACUUUUGGAAGAAAUAACACCUGACAAACCUUGUUUCUUAGAAGCUGUUCAGAAAAGAGCUGAAAUUUACUUAAAAUAUAAGAAAAAUAGGAUUAAAUUUGUCAACUGUUAUAGAGAGGCUGCUAAAGAGAAAAGAAGUCCUGAGACAUUGAAUUUGCUUGGUGAUUCAUACAUGAAAAUAGAAGAACCUGAACGUGCAUUAGAAGCCUAUGAGCAGGCUUUAAAACUGUAUCCAAAAGACAGUGACUUAGCUAGAAAAAUUGGCACGACUUUGGUCAAAACACAUAACUAUGAAAAGGCUGUUACAUAUUACAAAGCUGCUAUUAAGGCUGGAGGUUCCGAAAGUUUAAGGUACGAUUUGUGUUCCCUCCUUUGUGUUAUCAAAAGAUACAAAGAGGCUCAAGAAAUGAUUAAUGCAGCUCUUGAAAGCAAUCAAAAUGUAGAUAACUUGUUAUGGCUCGUGAUGGAAUCAAAAUACCAGUCUUUACUAUCAGAAGUGUAUUCAAACCUUGAACUAGAAGAUCAUGCAAUGAAUGCUCUAAAGAAAGCAUGGAGCGUUCAAACCAGAGUGUUACGUAAAGUACACAUGGAGCAAGGUGAUGUUGAAGAGCAUAGGAAGAAAGCAAAAGAAAUUUGCAGUCAGUUAGCUGCUCAUGCAUCACGGAAAAAAGAUUUUGGUAGUGCAGUGCAAUAUUAUAGGGAAGCGCUAACCUUUGAUGAAAACGAUACUGAGAUUCUUUUGGCUUUGGCAAAGCUACACGUUGAGACACAUGAUUUAGAUGCUGCCAGGCAAUAUUGUGCAAUUGUUUUAAGCAAGGAUAGUGAAAACAUCCCUGCUGCUAUAAUGCUUGCAGAUAUGCUAUUUGAGGCUGGGGAUUUACAGUCUGCUAAGUUCCAGUUUCAGAAGCUUCUGGAUAUCAAACCUGAUUUCUUUGAGGCUAUAGCAAGAUAUAUAGAAGUUGUCCGUAGACUUGGAAAACUAGAGCACGCAGAAGUAUGUUUACAAAAAGCAGAAGACAUUUCUACUAAUUUAGUUAUUGACCCUGGGUAUUAUUAUUGCAAAGGUCUCUAUGAAUGGUACACUGGAAAUACAUCUGAUGCUCUCAAAUGUUUCAACAAGACUCGAAGUGCACCACUGUGGGGUCAAAUAUCAUUGUGUCAUAUGAUCGAAAUUUGCAUUAAUCCUGAAAAUGAGAAUUUUGCAACUGAAAAUGUAGACGUUGAUGCUGAUCUCAUACUUAAAGAAAAAGCAGCCAAUUCACAAGAAGGAAACAUCCGUACUGCUGAGAAAUUACUCCUGGAGCUUAAAUCAAAAUAUGGUGCAAGUUUAAACACAAGAAUUCUCAAUAAUUUGAUACUCCUGGCAAAACAUUCUAAAACAGAUGCUGAAGCUGCUUUAAAUGAUUUUAUUGAAAUUUUAACCGAUGACAGAUAUAAAGAUCAUGCUGGGGCUAUACUUGGAUCUGCAAUGGCUUAUUUGGUUCUGAAGCAGACUCCCCGUGCUCGCAAUCAACUUAAAAGGAUCGCAAAAACUGUGUGGAACUUUAAUGAUGCAGAAUACUUAGAAAAAGCUUGGCUGCUGUUAGCGGACAUUUAUAUAAAGGCUGGAAAGCUUCAAUCUGCUUCUGAAAUGCUAGAUAAAGUUUUAUCGUAUAAUAAAUCAUGCACCAAAGCAUAUGAUUUCUAUGGAUAUAUUGCUGAAAAGGAUCAAAAUUAUUUGGAUGCAGUUAAAAACUAUGAAAAAGCAUGGCUUCUAACCAGUAAAUCAAAUCCAGUAAUUGGUUACAAGUUAGCUUAUAAUAAUAUGAAAGCUAAGCGUUAUGCAGAAUCAAUUGAAGUUUGUCAAUUGGUUUUAGCAAAGUAUCCAAACUAUCCAAAAAUUAAAAAAGAGAUUUUAGAUAGAAGUCGGACAUGCUUACGCUCUUAAUGCAUCAAGUGGAAAACUUUUGAUAGAUUUCAAAAAGCUUAUAUUGAACACUUAUGGCUGUAAAAAUUUUGUUUUGUGAAAUUUAUUUUUUGAAAAAUAUUUUAUUAAAACUUA